AUGACCACAGCAGGACUAGGUGUUCCGGUGAAGCUGCUCCACGAGUCGCUUGGUCACAUCAUUACCGUAGAGCUCAAGACCGGGCAGCUGUACCGCGGCAAGCUCGCUGAGGCGGAAGACAAUCUGAACAUCUCCCUGAAGGAUAUAACCGUUACCGGGCGGGAUGGCCGUGUGACACAGCUAGACCAGGUGUACAUCAGGGGAAGUAUGGUCCGCUUUUUCAUCGUCCCGGACAUGUUGCAGAACGCACCGAUGUUCAAGCGCGUGGGGCCCAACGCGAUGAGGGGGAGGGGUAUCGGUACGGCUCGUGGACGUGCGACUAUCAUGCGGGCGAAUGCCCGUCGUGGUCGCGGUGUUCCUGCUGCGCGGGGUAUCAGACGAUGA